UUCUUUUAACCUGGCUGCCUUUGAAGAAGUGACUCAGACAUCCUCAUGGCCUGUAAAGAUGCACAGAACCAAAGAAGUAGAGGUCUGCCUGGCUUUCUUCCUGGAGCUCCAGACCCUGAACGCAGCUUUCACCUCUCACUUCCCAGUCCAGAAAACCAAGUGUGGCAGCCAGCUCUCUCUCCGCCAGGCAGCCUCCCUCCUGGGCUAGAAUAUUUAAGCCAGUUAGACCUGAUAAUUAUACACCAGCAGGUGGAGCUUCUUGGAAUGAUACUUGGCACUGAGACCUCCAACAAAUAUGAGAUUAAAAACAGUUUGGGACAAAGAAUUUACUUUGCAGUGGAGGAAAGCAUCUGCUUCAAUCGUACUUUCUGUUCUACGCUUCGAGCUUGCACUCUGAAGGUCAUGGAUAACUCAGGUCGGGAGGUGAUUACAGUAAACAGACCGUUGAGGUGUAACAGCUGCUGGUGCCCUUUCUACCUGCAAGAGUUAGAAAUUCAAGCCCCUCCUGGUACUAUAGUUGGUUAUGUUGCACAGAAGUGGGACCCCUUUCUGCCUAAAUUCACAAUCCAAAAUGCAAACAAAGAAGAUAUUUUGAAACUUGUUGGUCCUUGUGCAACAUGUGGCUGUUUUGGCGAUGUGGAUUUUGAGGUGAAGACCAUUAAUGAAAAACUUACAAUUGGGAAGAUUUCAAAGUACUGGUCAGGAUUUGUAAAUGACGUCUUUACCAAUGCUGACAACUUCGGAAUUCAUGUGCCCGCAGAUUUAGAUGUGACAGUCAAAGCAGCAAUGAUUGGUGCUUGUUUUCUCUUUGAUUUUAUGUUCUUUGAACAUUCACUGGCUGGAUUAUAACAAGCAAGAUGACACAAACGAUUAAGUAUGCAAGAACAUGUUUCAAAAUCCCUUGGGCUCUGGAUUUCAUUUCUGAAUGGUUUGCAUAUUUGCUUUUUUGUAACAAAUGUUAAUUGUUAUAUUUAUUAAAGCAUAAUGUAAUGAAGCAAUUAUCUGCUUAUCAAUGCAUGUUAGCUAAAGAAAAGAUUACUGGCCUGAGCACAGGGUUGCUUUGAGAGACUGUCAUUCUUUUUAAGCCUUUUGAAGUUGUUGCAUGGGUAAGCAUGAAAGAUGAGAACUAAGGCUUGCAGCAUCACUGAUGAAAAUUCUAUGUUUAGAGAGCACUUUGAAGUUUUUCUGGUACUAAGGCUGGUAA